GUCCCUUGUGGUCGUCCACUUCUGGGCACCAUGGGCUCCUCAGUGCACUCAGAUGAAUGAGGUUAUGGCAGCGCUAGCAAAGGAACACACACAGGUUACGUUUGUGAAGCUGGAAGCUGAAGCUGUGCCUGAAGUCUCUGAAAAAUACGGAAUUACUUCUGUUCCAACCUUCUUAUUCUUUAAGAACUCUCAGAAAGUCGACAGAUUGGACGGUGCCCAUGCCCCAGAGCUGACCAAAAAAGUGCAGCGCCACGCGUCCAGCAGCUCCAUUUCUGCCGGCUCCAACGACAGCGCCAAGGAGGACCUCAACGUGCGUCUGAAGAAGCUCAUCAACGCUGCCCCCUGCAUGCUCUUCAUGAAGGGGUCUCCAAAAGAGCCUCGCUGCGGUUUCAGCAAACAGAUGGUGGAGAUCCUGAACAAACACGGCGUUUCGUUUAGCAGCUUUGACAUUUUUUCCGAUGAAGAAGUUCGUCAGGGGCUGAAAACGUAUUCGAACUGGCCAACCUACCCGCAGUUGUAUGUAGCUGGAGAGCUUAUAGGUGGACUUGACAUUAUCAAGGAGCUCGAGGCAUCUGGAGAGCUGGACACGGUCUGUCCCAAGGCACAGAAGUUGGAGGACAGGCUUAAAGUCUUGAUAAACAAAGCUCCUGUGAUGCUUUUUAUGAAGGGAAGCAAACAGGUUGCAAAGUGUGGAUUCAGCAAGCAAAUUAUAGAAAUCCUAAAUAAUACUGGCAUUGAUUACGAGACAUUCGACAUACUGGAAGACGAAGAGGUGCGGCAAGGACUAAAAACCUUCUCAAACUGGCCGACGUAUCCUCAGUUGUAUGUGAAAGGUGACCUUGUUGGCGGGCUGGAUAUUGUUAAGGAGCUGAAGGAGAGCGGUGAACUGCUGCCGAUCCUGAAGGGAGAGAAUUAACGGAGAAGGACGUGGAUGGGAACAGGACGACUUGGAACAGUUGCCCAUGCAGGGAUGGUGUUGGAGCAAUGCACGGCUGAGCCUCGUGGAACCAGCAGCAGUGAAUGCAGGCAGCUCAUGCAUCUGUGUUUCACAGGACCAUGCUCCCUAUGAAAACGUGUUGCCACUGCAGAUACAAAAGUGUCAAGACCUUCAAAUUCAAUUAAAAUAUAAUGCUAAAG